AGAAACGACAGGUAGAAAUUAGAUAGUCUUUGCUGAUAUAACUCGAGCUCCGAAAUCUCGAGUACUUUAUGUAUUUACAUGUAAAUAUGUAAUCUCCUCUCACUUCAACUUCUCACUGUCACCCUCCCUCUCCCUCUCACCGGAGCUCUGCCUCUCCUUCUCCCUGUCAUUAACGAACCAGAGAUUAUCUAACCGGAUCCCUGUCUAACACUCUUCUCUCUGACACCUAGCUUUCUCUCUCAGAGAUAUGGACAAGCAUCCAGCAGGACCCCGUGAUUGUACUGUCUUGACGAGGCAAGCAGAGCAUCGUUCGAGUUGGCUUUGGGAUGGUCCUCCGACAGGCCAGGCAUGGCCAGGUGUACUCACUUGUCGCCAUCGAUUCAGUUGUAUGCCCGAAGUUGGGUUAGAUCCACGGGUUGCCGCUUAUAUCACGGAUGCGGGGUUAGGUGGGCUAUUACACGUCCCAAAUAUAGAGAUCGAUCAUGCAUUGAUCACCGCAUUGGUGGAGAGAUGGCGGCCGGAGACGCACUCAUUCCACUUGCCCCACGGUGAGAUGACAAUCACGUUACAAGACAUGGAGGUUAUUAUGGGGGUACCUGUAGAAGGCUUGCCAGUGGUGGGGAAAACCAAUAUGGAAUGGGGCAACUUAUGCCACGAAUUGCUAGGCCAUAAGCCUCCGGACAAAGAACCCCAUGCUAAUGAAAACACGGCUAUGUUGUGUGGGGCGAGGUUAAAAUUGUCUUGGCUCAAGACAAUGUUUCAUGACCCUCUACCGGCUGAUGCCACUGACUUACAAGUGCAGCAAUACGCUCGGUAUUACAUACUAGAGAUGUUGGGUGGUAUGUUGUUUAUGGACAAAUCUGGCGAACGGAUCUCGGUCAUGUAUCUGCAAUUCUUGAAUCCAAUCAGCAAUGGCAAGAAGUAUAGCUGGGGUAGUGCAGCACUAAGUUGGCUAUAUAGACACCUGUGUAAGGCGUCAGAGACUACCGCGAAGCAGAUUGGUGGUGCACUGCUAUUGGUGCAAAUAUGGGCGUAUGCCAGGUUCCCACACAUAUGUCCAAUGAUGAGGCAUCCACAUCAGGCACUGCCCUCGGGUCCACUUGCUGUUAGAUGGAAAGUGGCUACGUGCACCACAGAACAUGCAACGCACGUCUUAAGCGCCUAUCGUAUGUCACUUGCUUCGCUACGGCCAAAUCAGAUUGUGUGGGAGCCGUAUAAGUCAGUGAUAGGUUCCCUGCCCUCAUAUUGUACUGCAGGCCAACACAUAUGGAGGUCUACCGUGCCGCUUCUACAUUUUUGGGUGGUUGAGGGCCAUCACCCCGAACGUGUCCUCCGACAGUUUGGGAUGAAGCAGGGCGUACCGGUCGAUGUCAAUACUUCUACUGAUUUGCACAAUAUAACACUCCAAGGGAAGCAUGACAAAGAUUGGGCUGUGGAACAUGCCUCUCCUAUUGCUAAAUGGGCUGCGCAUGCUGAAGUUGUCAAUGCACCGAUCUUUGAGGGGGAGAUGGGGUUCGAUGACGAGUAUAUGAAGUGGUUUCGUCGCAUCACUCGACGCUUUAUUACAAAAGAAACCUCAUACUGGGACACUUUGGUUGAAUCACAUUUGAGGAUACUGGCAAUGUGCGAACCAGGUUCCGCGAUCCACAUUGAGUGUAUGUCUGCCUUGGAAGCUGUUGAAGAGCUUAGUCGGUUGAACUUGGAUAAUGCACGUGUUGCGAGCAACACGAGUGAACCGGCUGCAGGGCAUGGCCAGCUAGUUGGUGGACGUCGAGGCCAUAGAGGGCGUCAUUCUGGUGAUGGCAAGGUGAGACCAGACAAGGAACCAGUGAGGAGAAGAAAACGGGAAUGAUUUAGGUUCAUUGCAUGUUUGUCAAUAGGUAGCUCAGAUUUUUGUAUUAUUCUGGGCUUAUCUUUCCUUUCCUGCAUCUUCAAGAGAUCAACACUGCAGUGAGGUUCAGUUAUUCAGCAACAAAAGUAUUGUUAUAACAACUACUAACGUGAGCGUUAAUUCUGCCAAUUAGUUUUAGCGAUUACAACAGUACUCCAUCUGGUGUUUUGCUAUCUUAUCUACUAUUAAAGUGAAGUCUUGUAAAUACCCCCUAGUGGCCUGUGCAGGGGUUUUUGUUAGUAUCCCUCUGUUUUGGAUUUCUACUACAUCAAAAUGCCUUCAACUUCCACCAAAUCAAUGCACUUGUCAUUUCUUUCUACA